AUGGCGCUUCGUCGCAUUCAAAAAGAAUUGAAGGAUCUUGAGCGCGAUCCACCGGCGAACACCAGCGGUGGCCCCAUCAGCGAAAGUGAUUUGUUUAACUGGAAGGCGACUAUUAUAGGGCCGGAGGAUUCACCAUAUGCCGGUGGGCUUUUCUUUCUUAACAUUCACUUCCCUUCCGAUUACCCUUUCAAGCCACCUAAACUGCAGUUUACAACGCGGAUUUACCACCCGAACAUCAACAACAACGGCGGUAUAUGUCUUGAUAUCUUGAAGGAUCAAUGGUCGCCUGCCCUCACCAUUUCAAAGGUGUUACUCUCCGUUUGUUCAUUACUAACAGACCCGAACCCAGAUGAUCCACUUGUCCCCGAUAUUGCCCGACAGUACAAGUCGGACCGCAACGCAUUUAACAAAACAGCGAUGGAGUGGACAAGACAAUACGCCAUGUAG